UGCGCACGUAAAAUUAGCAACACGGCUUCUUCGCUCAACCUGUGACUGCAUGUGGAUCUGUCCAGCAGUGACACCUGCUGGUGAAAACAUGAAACAACCGGGUCUUUAAAUCUGUACUCUUGGGAUUGUUGUGAUGAAGACACAGAAUAUUUUUGUUUGUUUUGUGCAGCUAAAAAUGCAAAAUCACGACCUUUCAGAAAAUAUACAGAAUGCUUUAAAGGUGGGAGGUUGACCGGCAUCCAGUAUAUAGGUCACUAGUUUAAUUUUAGCCCAGGAGCACCUGUCCUUGUCAGUACCAAUAUGAUUGUAAUAAAGGCUCAACAGAGUUGGAAAAUAAAUUUGGAGAGAAGAAAUUAUGUCGUUAGUAGUUAUUUAAAUGUACAUGCAGUCAGGAAUGAAUAAUCCAGAGGAUAAUAACACAGUUUUUCCUGCCACUCCUUCUGUGAAAGAUUUGGUGAAGGUCUUGUAUGGUGGAAAAAGGUUUGGUAACCAUGCGGAUGAAGUUUGGCCCAGCCUGUUCAUUGGUGACAUGUCGGUGGCCAAUGAUCGCUAUAGUCUGUGGAAGCUCGGAAUCACUCAUGUUUUGAAUGCGGCCCAUGGGAGGAUGCACUGUCAGGGGAGCCAUGACUUCUAUGGAUCCACUGUGGAUUAUUAUGGAGUGCCUGCAGAUGACUCACCGACAUUUGACCUCUCUCGCUAUUUCUUUCCCUCGGCCGAUUACAUUAAAGAUGCACUUAACACGCCUGGAGCUCAGGUUUUUGUCCACUGUGCAGUUGGAGUUAGCAGGUCUGCUUCCCUCGUCCUGGCAUACCUAAUGAUCCACCACCAUUAUACCCUAUUAGAGGCCAUCAAUGAGGUCAAAGAGCACAGGUGGAUUUUUCCAAACAGAGGAUUCCUCAAACAGCUUCGUGCUUUGGACAUGAAACUACGCAAGACACCAUGAGAACACUUGAAUGAGAGAAAAAUCUGAUUCAAUUCUUAUUCUAAUUUACAUGUCUAUUUAACUCAAGACAAGUGAAGUGAAGGAGAUACUGUACUUACUUGUUUCAAGAAUGUUAUUGUAUGACGUGUAGUUUUCCUUCAUGGUGUUGUGUUUAAUGUGAAUUAUGUGGCCUUUUCACAUUAUUACAUUAUCAUUAUUACACAGUGUAAUUUCAUAGGCAGAAUACAUUUUAAGACAAAUGGACUUUGACAAUAUCUUAAAGAAAAACUACAUUCAAUACAUUGUUGAUCAAAACCACAUGUGUAUUAAAUAUUGUAACUUUUUAUUAUAUUUUUAUUUAACAUUACACUUUAAUUUUAAAUCCCUCUGUACAACACACUCAUAAAAUGUAACUACUGUACUUAUUUUACAUGUAUAUAUUCAGCAUGUUGUGUUUUGUUAGAUCUCUCCAGUAUUACUAAAUUUCAACAGCCUCUAAUUUAGUCUUUGUGAAUUAAUUAAUCUUCGGUUUACAACAGUCUUUAUUUAUAAGUAAAGUUACGGAUAUUUUAAAUGCAUAUUACUGAUUUCCAACAGCUAUUAAUCAUCAUAUAAACCACGAUACUGACUGUACAGAAUAUCCACCAUGUUCCCAUUAGUUCCAUUUAUGAACGUUCUUAAACCUGAGAAUGAUUUUUCUCAUACUAACAAACAGCUGGUAAAAGCUUUUCAUGUGUUCAUUGACAUAGUUGAAGAAGAAAAAAUGUUUAAUUCCUUUCUCUUAUAGGUUGCAAAGACAUUUUACGUUGCUAUUCACAUAUGCUGCAUACAUUAAUUAUGUUUAUAUACAGUGUUUACCAAAUAUAUACU